CCAAAAUCCAUCAUGGCUGCGCCCAUGAAGUCUGUCAAACUUGUGAAGAGUUUCUAUACAUACAGCAGAUUGUCAGCUCUUAAAUUUGAGCAGAAACUGGGAGAUGUCAGUCCAAAGCAUGGAAGCAAGGAGCUGCCAAAAGAGUGGGAGUCCAGACGUCUUCCUCUCGACUGGUGUAUGGAUCAAAUUGAAGAGGAAAAAUGUGUUGCUGAUCCAUUGAGAUAUCCCAAACAUCAUGCAGGAUUAAUGACCAUAAGAAAUAUAGAAAUGCCUAAACUUCUAGUGAAAAAUGCUAGAGAAAUUUUAGAAGAACAUGAUCUGAUAGACCAAGCUAGUUUUGUGCAGGAGGUGGUGAGACUGCAGCAGAUAUACCUGCGUCGACAACCACCCUUGGACAAAGAGAUGUACAGCACCAAGAUGCUGGCACUUGCCCAAAAAGUGUAUGAAGAUAAACUGACAGAGCUUAAAAUUAAGCCUGAGGAUAUGUCUCAAGAGGACGCCAUGAAACUGAAUAAAGAUCUACAGAGAAAAGUGAUAACUGCAUAUAAUAAGACAACACACAACCAUUAUGUAAUGGAGUAUAGUGGUCACAACAAGCUUAUUUACCUGGGUGCAAGGCUGUCACCAAACUACAGGGUUCUGCUUCAGAUAUUUUAUGAGUUACAGAGGUUUGAUUCAGAGUUUGUACCAACUUCUCUGCUUAAUGUGGGAUCUGGUGUUGCUUCUGCUGUUUGGGCGUCCAAUACAAUCUGGAAGAAAGCUGUGCAGGAGAAUUACUGUGUGGACACUUGCACUCAGAUGAAUGACCUUGCACGCUCUCUGCUCUCUAUAGACAGGGGACACCCAUUGAAACUUGCUGUAAAUGGAGCUACUUUCAGGGAAGCCAUUCCAUCAGAUAAGGAUUCUAACAACCGGUUUCCCCUGGUGGUCAGUGCCUACCUGCUGAUGGAGAUGCCCAGUGUAGUUGAACGGCUCGAGCUUGUGGAGUUACUGUGGAGACUUACUGAUAAUUAUUUGGUACUGGUUGAGCAUGGCACCAUGGCUGGGUACAAGCUCAUUCAGGAGGCUAGGGAUUAUAUUCUACAGUUUGGAAAGGAGAACCCAUCACAAGAAGGACAUGUCUUUGCCCCUUGUAUGCAUGACCAACUGUGUCCGAAGAUGACACACCUUGAGCUGCCUUGUAACUUCACUGUUGAGUACAAGGCUCUCCUACUGGACGUUGAUCAUGGACAGGGAAGCCCAAGAAGGGAAGAGCGAUACAGCUAUGUGGUAAUGAAGAAGGGACCCAGGCCGGAACAGACAGACUUGAUGCCCCGCUUGGUUGGUGUAAACAAGAAGUCUGGCCAUGUAGUUUUGGAUAUGUGUCUUCCAGAUGCCUCGUAUAGGCGCUUUAAUGUCAGCAAGAAGAACUCUGUCCACAUGUUACGCUGCGCAAAAAGAUGUAAAGCUGGAGAUUUCCUGCCAUGUUCCAUUCCGGAGAGUUUUGGGAAGGGAGAUAAUUCAGAAGAGGCACUACAGGAACACAAUUCUUCUAAAGAUGAUGAUGACUCGAAUUAUACACCAUAGAUUGUUUAUUGCAAUAAAAAAAUAAAAAUAA